AUGCUUAGAGUAGCCAGAAACCCUGCUAUUAUAAGCAGGGCGCAGUCUGUGCGGCUCAAUGUACCGUCACAAUUGAUAAAGCUUAACCGUCUCAAUCUUUCUACCAGCUCAGUUCUCCAACAAGUGAAAUUUCCAGAUCUCGAUAGAAAAUGGUUGAAAAACUGGGAAAAGUUCGAUGGGCCAAUUACUCCCAAACCUUUGCCAGGAGAACAUGGUGAUAAGGAAAAAUACUAUAUGCUAACAAUGUUCCCUUAUCCAUCGGGGAUGCUCCAUAUGGGACAUUUCCGAGUGUUCACCAUUACCGACGUUGUGGCAAGAUUUCAUCGGUUCAAAAAUAAAGAAGUCAUCAACCCCAUGGGAUGGGACUCAUUUGGGCUACCGGCAGAAAACGCAGCGAUUCAGAACCAGGUAGACCCAAAGUUCUGGACCCAGAAGAAUAUAGGGAAAAUGAGGCAUCAAAUCGGGAAAAUGCUGACGAGUUUUGACUGGGACCGUGAGCUCAGCACUUGCGAUAAAUCUUACUACAAAUUCACUCAAAUGUUGUUUUUGUGGUUAUAUGAAAAUGGGUUGGCUUAUAAGAAUCUCAAGGAAAUCAAUUGGGAUCCAAUAGAUCAAACGGUGUUGGCAAAUGAACAAGUCGAUGCUAAUGGGAAAUCGUGGAGAAGUGGGGCGAUUGUCGAGAAAAAAAUGUUGAACCAGUGGUUCUUAAAGAUCACUGAUUUUGCCAAAGAUUUAAGCGAUGAUUUAAAAAAACUCGAUAACUGGCCACAGAAAGUGAAAUUGAUGCAACAGAAUUGGAUUGGGAAAUCCACCGGGGCCAACAUCAAAUUUACUCUUGGUAAUGAUGAAAUGAUCGAGGUGUUUACUUCUCGACCAGAUACCUUGUUUAGUGUUCAAUAUUUGGCGAUCUCCAUCGAUCAUCCAUUAUCCAAGCAGAUGUCGGUGAAUAACCAAGAAUUACAACAAUUCAUCGACAAUGCUAAAGAGCAAGAAAAACAACAAUCGUUUUCGCACGAAUCUGACCAACAAAAGAAUAAAGACGGUUACGAACUUCCAGGAAUUCAUGGUAUUCACCCGCUUACUGGUAAAAAGAUGCCGAUUUUUGUGGCACCUUACGUGCUAUCCAGCUACGGUAAUGGGGCGGUGAUGGGUUGUCCAGGUCAUGACGAACGUGAUUGGGACUUUUGGCUCCAAAACGCAUCAGGCAAACCAGUGAUUAAAACGGUUGACCCGGUGGAUAUUGCUGAACUUGACGAUUCUAAACCAUACCUUGGCAAACAAGGGACUCUCAAUAAUAACUGUGCCCCGGAAUUCCAAGGUUUAACCGCGAAACAAGGGUACGAUAAAAUCGUGGCCACUUUACAAUCUAAGUCCAUGGGGGGGCCUGCCACGAACUUCAAACUCCGUGACUGGCUGAUUUCUAGACAACGGUACUGGGGGUGUCCUAUCCCAAUGAUUUAUUGUGAUUCUUGUGGAAUGGUCCCGGUUCCCGAAGACCAACUUCCGGUGGUGUUGCCAGAAAACAUCGAGUUCACUGGGAAAGGUAAUCCUUUGGACCAACAUUCGGAAUUCAAGAAUUGUAAAUGUCCUAAAUGUGGAAGCAAUAACGCCACUAGAGAAACCGAUACCAUGGAUACUUUUAUGGAUUCUUCAUGGUACUUCUUCCGUUAUUUGGAUAAUAAUAACGGAGGGUUACCAUUUGCCAAAUCCAAGGUCGAUGAAUUCAUGCCAGCUAAACUUUACAUUGGAGGGGUCGAGCACGCAAUUUUACAUUUGUUGUACCUGAGAUUCAUCAGUAAAUUCCUUUACAAAAUUGGUAAAUGGGAUGGUGGGGGUGUGGAGAAUAAUGGUGAACCGUUCAAGAAAUUGGCGAGUCAAGGAAUGGUGCACGGGAAGACCUAUAAUCAUCCGGUGACCAAGAAGUUCUUGAAACCAGAAGAAUUGGAUAAAUCCGAUCCAAACAAGGUGAAGUUAGUCGAAGUUGACCCAGCCACUGGGGAACAAUUAAUUCCGGAAGUGUCGUAUGAAAAAAUGUCGAAGUCUAAGUUCAAUGGGGUUGAUCCGGUGGAAUUUAUUGGGAAAUAUGGGGCCGAUUCUACCAGAGCUCACAUGUUAUUCCAAGCCCCAAUUGAUCUCGUGUUAUACUGGGACGAAAAUAAGAUUGUUGGGGUACAAAGAUGGUUGAAGAAAUUACUCAAUAUGAACAAAUUGUUGCUUUCCAAACUCGAAACUUCAAAAAGUCAAUUCAAUACUGCUUCAUUGGAUGAAUUCUUUGCGUCGAUAGACACUCAUGUGCAAUCGAAAUCAAAUUUUAAUGAUUUGGAAAUCGCCCUUUUCAACGAGACCCAAUCUUGCAUUACUGCUAUGGACUCUGCAUUCGGGGACACUUUGAGUUUGAACACCGUGAUUUCAGAUUAUAUGAAGAUGACCAAUUCAAUCAACAAUAUCUUACAGAAUGAUUGCGAUAACGUUGAUUUGGGGUUGAUCACCAGCGGGUUUUACAAGUUGGUGUUGAUGAUUUCACCAGUUUGUCCUGCAGUGUGUGAAGAGAUUUGGGAACUGGUUCAGAAACUGAUCAUCAGUAACAAUAAUGAUUACAAUUGGCAAUCGAUCUUCACUUCGCAUUGGCCAGUGGCCCUUGCUCCAAAAAUCUCGGAGGUGACAAAUUAUAAUGUGAUUGUCAACGGUAAGUUCAAAUUCUUGUACCGUGGAACCAAGGAUUUAAUUGAAAAACCAGAAUCGCAAGUAUUCGAUAAGAUUUUGAACGACGUGGAAGGUAAUGAUAAAAAGACCAUGGGAGAUUUACAAGGGAAGAUCACGAAAGUAAUUUUGAAACCGGGAGCCAUUUGUUUUGUUGGUGCAAAAAAUACCAAGAAGAAAUCACAAUAG